CAUAGCUUUCAUCAGUACAGCAACCGUAAUACUUUUAAUCCGUUAACACUUAUACACUGUAAACCACUGGUACUGUAAAUUAAAGCUAACACAAUGUUGAGCUUUUAUAUUUUUUGUUUAGUCUGUUUGGCAACACACACGGCAAACGCAGCUCCCCAAAGUGUACUGAAAAACGAUGUUAAACCAGUCGUUCCGAGAGACCUCCAAAAGCCCAAAACGACGGGAAGAGGUAUAAGCGAUGAAAGCGAUGAAAGUGAUGAAAGUGACUCGAAUGAAGAUAGCGACGAAAACGAAAGAUGCAUUGACGAGAUUCUUCACAACCGCAACGGCAUAAAUGGACAUUUUCAAAAUGCACCACAGACAAAUAAAUACGACUGGCGUAAAACGCCAGACAGCCAACACGGAAACACGUAUGGAUAUGGAUACAACAGCAAUACAAGAUAUCCACAACCAUACGGUUCGCCAUUUCCGUCCAACUACGACAAUAGGCCAGGAUACCAACGCUUCAACUCUCCACGCGACGGAUAUAAUCGCUUUAAUCAUAUGUACAACGGCUAUGGCAAUAACGUGCAUCCACAAUCAUACUGGAGACCGCCGUAUCCGAUGCCGUCAAAUGGGUGGAAUAAUUGGAACAAGAAACCGUUAAAAAAGAAUAAACAUAAAACAAACAAAACCGAAAACAAGAUAGUUUUAAAUAACGACGACCUAGUGAUCAACGGCAAGAAGGUUCCAAUAAAAUCAACAGCAAAACAGGGUAUUACCGUAAACUUAAGGGAUGAUAGUGUCACCGUCAACAAAAAAAAGAUUCCAGGAGUUAAAUCCAAAAAUUCGGGUGUUAGCGUACAAUUUAAAGACGAUACACUCUCGAUCAACGGCAAAAAAGUUCCUGGAGUUAACGCAAACCAAGGACAAGUAAUCAAAUAUGAUAAAGGUGUGCUGAAGGUCGACGAGGAAAAAAUAGAAGAAUUCACCGGAAUAAAAGGAAAAGGACGUAUUGUUUGGGGAGAAAAUUCGAGUUCAGAUUCUGUUGAAGAUUCUGAUAAUGAUGACGAGUCUGAUGAGGAUGACAUUGAGAAAAAAUAUCCUUGGUUAAUUCGAUACGAGUCAAAAAUAAACAAACUAUCCCAAAAGAAUAAACGUAAGACAAACAAAAAAAAGAUAGAUCAGUCGAGUGCAAGUAUAGUUUUUAAUGACGACGGCCUAGUGAUCAACGGCAAGAAGGUUCCAAAAAUACCAACAGCAAAACAGGGUAUUACCGUAAACUUUAGUGAUGAUAGUGUGACCGUCAACAAAAAAAAGAUUCCAGGAGUCGUGUCCAAAAAUCCGGGCGUUAACGUACAAUUUAAAGACGAUACACUCUCGAUCAACGGCAAAAAAGUUCCUGGAGUUAAAGCAAACCAAGGACAAGUAAUCAAAUAUGAUAAAGGUGUGCUGAAGGUCGACGAGGAAAAAAUAGAAGAAUUCAACGGAAUUAAAGGAAAAGGACGUAUUGUUUGGGGAGAAAAUUCGAGUACAGAUUCCGAUGAAAAAGAAGAUAGCGACGAAGAAGAAAAUAAUGAUUGGGUGAAAAAAUAUAACGCACACUUAAAAAAAAAAUUAAGAAAAAAUACCAAGAAAUACCAAAAAUGAUUCGAAUAAACAUCUGCAAUGGAAAAAGUCAUAAAAAAAAUACAUAUAAUAUAUAAACAUAUUCUCAUUCAAGAAUUCAAUAACGGAGGACAGAUUUAAUAACAAAAAUUCAACGAGUCGCCGUUACGAAUUAAAUAUAUUAUAUCUUUAAUUCAUUAGGCUUAUGUACACAACAAAAUUUAAUGUAAUGCACUUAAAAAAAUAAUAUAUUAUAUCGUAUAAAAUUUUAAUUAAAAUGUAAUGAUAUGAAAUUUUUAACAGUAUAAA